AUGACAAGCUACAGGUCUUCCUCCAUUGGUUUCUCCCGCUCCGGGCCGCAGUACAGGGCGUCCAGCAUCUAUGGAGGGGCCGGGGGUACGGGCAGUCGUGUGUCCUCAGCCUCAGUCUCUUCUCUGCGCUCCGGAGCCCCCAUGAUCUCUGCAAAAUCCAGCUACAAAGUGAGCAGUGGCAUGGGUGGAGGUCUCGGUGGGGGCAUGGGCAUGGGCAUGGGGUCCGGGGGUGUGGCAGUGUCUGGAAGCGGAGGCCACAUCAUGAAUAACGAGAAGGGAGCCAUGCAGAACCUGAACGACCGUUUGGCCAACUACCUGGAAACUGUGCGGAACCUGGAGCAAGCCAACAAAGAGCUGGAGAUCCAGAUCCGCCAGGCUCUGGAGAAGGGCGGUCCGGACCUGAGGGACUACAGCAAGUACGAGCCAAUCAUCGAAGACCUGCGCCAACAGAUUUUUGACCGAAUCACAGAGAACGCGCGGUUAGUGCUGCAGAUCGACAACGCUCGCCUGGCUGCAGAUGACUUCAAAGUCAAGUACGACAAUGAGCAGGCGAUCCGUCAGUCAGUGGAGGCCGACAUCGCUGGACUGAAGAAACUCAUAGACGACACAAACAUGAGCAGAAUGAACAUCGAGAAUGAGAUCGAGGCGGUGAAGGAGGAGCUGACCUUCCUCAAGAAGAACCACGAGAAUGAGGUGAUGGAACUGCGGAACCAGAUCGCUCAGUCCGGAGUGCAGGUGGACGUGGACGCUCCUAAAGGACAGGACUUGUCUCAGAUCAUGGAGGACGUCAGGGACAAGUACGAGAAGAUGGCUCUGAAGAACGCAGAGGACCUGAAGCGCUGGCACGAGAACCAGAUCGCAGACGUGCAGGUGCAGGUCUCCCAGAACACAGAGGCUCUUCAAGGCGCACAGAUGGAGAAGAGCGAUCUGACCCGACAGAUUCAGACGCUGGAGAUCGAACUGGCAUCGCAACAGAGUCUGAAAGCGUCUCUAGAGGACACGCUGCGGAACACGGAGAUGAGGAACAACAUGGAGAUGGAGAAGUACAACACCCUCUUGAUGCGUCUGGAGGAGGAACUCACGCAGCUGCGAGCAAACAUCCAGCAGCAGACGCAGGAGUAUCAGGCCCUGCUCAACAUCAAGGUCAAACUGGAGGCCGAGAUUGCCACGUACAAGAACCUGCUGGACGGAGGGGACUUCAAACUGCAGGACGCUCUGGAGGAACUGGCUGCUUCCAGCUGA